UUCACCCCGCAAUCACACCUCAAACAAGUCCGCAUUCCCGUACUCUGUCCCUUUCGUGAUAGUCCAUUCAAAAGACCAUAAACUGCAAUGGAAUAAACUUGAAAAAGUGAUAAAUCACAUUCGAUUCUCAUAAAUGUACCGUUCUUUACAGUUGUGAACGUCUAGAAAUGAUAAGGAAGGAGUAAGCCGGAAAUAAAACAAGACUGUAUGGCGAGCACCAACCACUACAACAAUAGCAGCAUCAGUAGCAACAGCAUCGGUGAUGUUGACGAAUGGUUGGAGUGCGAUGUUGGUCCAGGGGGCGCUCUCUCAUCGGCCUACUUUCAGGCUCUGGUAUGCCUGGCCUACUGUCUAGUGUUUGUGAUAGCACUGGCAGGCAACGGACUCGUUUGCUAUGUGGUGCACUCUUCACCACGCAUGCGCACAGUCACCAACAUAUUCAUAGUGAACCUGGCGGUGGGCGAUGUCCUCAUGACCCUUUUCUGCGUGCCCUUCACCUUCGUCAGUACCCUGCUGCUACAGUACUGGCCCUUCGGAGCCCCUCUUUGUCAUACUGUUAGCUUCUCGCAGGCCGUAUCCGUGCUGGUUAGCGCGUACACUCUGGUGGCAAUCAGCCUGGACCGCUACAUGGCGGUGUUGUGGCCCCUGAGGCCACGCAUGGGCAAGCGACAUGCCAAGGCGACCGUGGCCGCAGUGUGGCUGGGUGCCCUCAUCACCGCCUUCCCCAUCCCCGCCGUCUCCAGUCUCAAGCAGCCUUCACGGUGGCAUCACAACUGCGACCGGUUUGUAUGUGAGGAAGAGUGGGAAUCGCAGUCAAUGCGCCAGCUUUACAGCGCUGCACUGAUGACUCUCCAGUACGCGGUGCCGUUGUGUGUGUUGGUGUUCACCUACACAAGCAUCGCAGUUGAGGUGUGGGGUAAGCGACCCCCGGGAGAGGCGCAAGACACCAGAGAUAUUCGCAUAGCACGCUCGAAGCGCAAGGCUGGGUGCCAUGAGCUAUGA